UACAGUGGUUCUAGCUGUAACUUCAUCAUUACAAAAUUCGUCGCGAAAAAUGAAAAUUUUAGUGGUGUUGGCAUGUUUCAUCGUACUCUCCAGCGCACUGGACCAAGAUUUUAAAGAAAAAUUGAUGCAACAAAUGGAAGAAUAUGGAACCAAAUGUAUCGAUGAAGUACAUGCAACUGACGCUGACAUUGCUGAACUAGUUGCUCACAAAGUACCACCCACUUCCCACGAAGCCAAAUGCUUGAUCUUCUGCAUACACAAGUCUUUUAAAGUGAUGACCGAAGAUGGUAAUCCAAACACAGAGGGAGUUCUACAAUUAAUGGCCCCGUUAAAAGAAUCUGAUUCUGACAUAUAUGAAAAAUUCUUAAAGAUUACGGAAAAAUGUUCCGAUUCUCUUGAAAAAGACGACGAUCACUGUGUAACUUCUUCUAAUUGGGCAGCAUGUGGAAUCAAUGAAGCAAAAGCUAUGGGCAUGCCAGACGAUUUAUUCCAAAUGUAACACAAGUGUUUGAUUUUUCGGUAUACGAUAUACAUAUAGGCGCAUUGUAAAAUAUUUAAAAAUUAUGUAGACAGCAAAGUUAUAGAA